AUGAUACUUCCGCGAUUUUCGGCAAUAUUCUUUGCAACAUUCUUUGUAAGGAGGAACGCGAAACUCCCAUUUGUUGGGAUCUUCUCCUGGUUGAAACAGAUGGAUUUUCUUCCAGGCUUCGCUCCAGUUCUCGUUGAUUCUCAACAGUUCUUGCCCCCCUUUCUUUCUUUCUUUCUUUCUUUUUUUCUUAUUCUACAAUCAUCUUUUCAUUUUCUUCUUACCCUUUCCUUCUUACCAUCAAUACAUUUUUCUUUCUUUCUUUCUACUUUCUUUCUUUCUUUCUUUCUUUCUUUUCCUAUUCGACAGACAUAUUUUGAUUUUCUAGCCUUCCUUCUUACCAUCAAUACAUUUUUUCUCUCUCUCUUUCUUUCUUUUUUCUACUCUCUUUCUUUCUUUCUUUUCCUAUUCUACACCUUCCUUCAUACCAUCAAUACAGUUUUCUCUCUUUCUUUCUUUCUUUCUUUCUUUCUUUCUUUCUUUCUUUCUUUCUUUCUUUCUUUCUUUCUUUUUCCCAUUCUAUACACAUCAUUGGAAAUUUCUAGUCUUCUUUUUUUACCUCAUUUUUGUUACACCAAAUACACUUUUCUUUCUUUCUUUCUUUCUUUCUUUCUUUUUCUUUCUUUCUUUUUUAUGCAUCAUGACAUCUUUUACUUGUAUCUUUCACAAUAUUCCUAUACGCCUUUUUUUUUCUCUACUUCAAAAGAUAAUAUUGCCGACGUUCUUCCUUGUAAUGCAGGACAACCUGUUUUUUUUUCAUUCUCUCGAACGAAUCUAUUUUUCUUUUAUUUCAUGCAUCGUUACAGCUGUCCAACAGCUGUUGCAGAACUUGCAGCAACAAUCUGUUCACCAUAG